AUGGCUUGGGAGAAGGAGAAGGAAGACAAUUGCCUCAAGUGGGAAAAGGAACGAUUUGAUAAAGAGAUCACCAAGGCCAAAAAUGGAGCGGCGGCCCACAUGUGUCUUGCACAAACAAGGCUGGCAGCAGCUCAAGAUUUGUUCAAAAACGGCACAACUGCAUCCAAGUUUGGUGCACUUUUGAAGACAAUCUAUGGCCAAUGUGGAACCACAAGUUGA